AACAGCUAAAUUAUCAUCACUCAUGAGUAGUGGUGUGUUGCUUUUUAUUCAGUUGGAAAAGCACUGGUAACGAUUUCAUUAGUACGAGUAUAAGGAAUCUAUAAAACGCUUGCUGGCUGGCUGACUGGCGGGUCGAUACAGUAGAAGUAGAAAUACAAAACGUACGGCAAACGCAAGUGCGCGACUUGUUCAUUAAAUUUAAAAAUAAUUGUUCCGAUUUUUUAGUUGUUACUCAUCCAACACCAAAAGAAAAAAAGAAAAAUAAUACUGUGAUUUGUUGGUGCAAAUUCUUUACAAGAAAUUUAAAAUAACACCAGAAAUUCUAAUAAGAAAAAAACAAAUAAGUCACUCCGUGAUGUUCUCGUUUACAACAUAGGAUAGCAGAAAAAAUAAAUAACUAAAGAAGGAAAGAAAUAUUUAUAAAAGAAAUCAUACCAGAACAAUUGCUUCCCCCGAAAAAUUAAAAAAAAAACUCGAAAAAAAGAAAAUAAAUUCUAUAUGAAAUUUUUGCUACAACCAUUACAACAAUCAGCAAACGUACUACCGAAAAGAAAGUAGAAAGAAGAAAAAGCCUUGAGGCAUAGAAAAUAAAAGAAAAACACAUCUAGUGAAACGAACAAAGGAAGAAAAAAAAACAACAAAGAAAAUUUAAAACAUUUUUUAGAACCAAAUAAAACCAAAAAAUAUCUAGGUAUAAUACAACACUUUAAAUAAAAAGUAAAGCUUUAAGAAACAACACAAACAACAACAGCAACAACAUCAACAAUAACGAAACAUGUCUUCGCCAGCAACACAGCAUCCACCAACACAACAGCAGCAGCAGCAACAGAAAUCAGCAGCAGCAGCGGCUACAAAUAAUAAUAUACAUGAGAAACCCACAGCUGUGAAUACAACAACUAAAGGAUCAUCACAAACUAGCACACAGGCAGCUUCUGGUGCCGGCGGCGAUGGUGGUGGCGGUGGGAAUAAUUCCGGCUCGAAUAGUCUCAACAAUAGUCCAACUAAGAAACCACCAUUGAAUACUAAAGAUCGUGUCAUCGAUAGUGUACCCUUUCCGCCCAGUCGCAAACUAAACCUGGCCGAUAUAUUCGAUGCACGAACUGGCAAACCCAAUCACGAUGUACUUAAGCAGCAUUUCAUACUGGAGGGCCGAAUCGAAGAGGACGCAGCUCUAAAAAUUAUACGUGAUGGUGCUACCUUGCUGAGGCAGGAGAAGACCAUGAUUGAUAUUGAGGCACCGGUGACAGUGUGCGGUGAUAUACACGGACAAUUCUAUGAUCUUAUGAAAUUGUUCGAAAUCGGCGGCUCACCGGCCACCACGAAAUAUUUAUUCUUGGGUGAUUAUGUAGAUCGAGGCUAUUUUAGUAUUGAGUGUGUCUUGUACUUGUGGUCGCUGAAGAUCACAUAUCCCACAACAUUAUUCUUACUGCGUGGCAAUCAUGAGUGUCGCCAUUUAACUGAAUACUUUACGUUUAAGCAAGAGUGCAAAAUAAAAUACUCGGAGCGUGUGUAUGAUGCGUGUAUGGAGGCAUUUGAUUGUUUGCCGCUGGCGGCAUUAAUGAACCAACAGUUCCUUUGUGUCCACGGCGGCCUAUCGCCCGAGAUCCACGAACUGGAGGAUAUACGCCGUCUGGAUCGUUUCAAGGAGCCACCCGCUUUUGGGCCCAUGUGUGAUCUGUUGUGGUCUGAUCCUUUGGAGGACUUUGGCAAUGAGAAGAACUCCGACUUCUAUACGCACAAUUCGGUGAGAGGAUGUUCGUAUUUCUACAGUUAUGCAGCAUGUUGCGAUUUUCUGCAAAACAACAAUCUACUCUCGAUUAUACGAGCUCACGAAGCGCAGGACGCUGGCUAUCGUAUGUAUCGGAAAUCACAAACCACCGGCUUUCCGUCGCUCAUCACCAUAUUCUCAGCACCCAACUACUUGGAUGUCUACAACAAUAAGGCUGCUGUAUUGAAAUAUGAAAACAAUGUCAUGAAUAUACGCCAAUUCAACUGUUCCCCCCAUCCCUAUUGGCUUCCCAACUUUAUGGACGUCUUCACUUGGUCGCUGCCAUUUGUGGGCGAAAAGGUCACCGAAAUGCUGGUGAAUGUUUUGAACAUCUGCUCCGACGACGAACUGAUGACCGAAGAGAACGAAGAACCCUGCUCGGACGAUGAGGCGGCCUUACGCAAAGAAGUCAUACGCAAUAAGAUUCGAGCCAUUGGCAAAAUGGCACGCGUCUUCUCUGUUUUGCGUGAAGAGUCUGAAUCGGUGUUGCAAUUGAAGGGCCUGACACCGACCGGUGCCUUGCCAUUGGGUGCUCUAUCGGGUGGCAAACAAUCGUUAAAGAACGCCAUGCAAGGCUUCUCGCCCAAUCACAAAAUCACCUCGUUUGCGGAAGCCAAAGGUUUGGAUGCUGUCAAUGAGCGUAUGCCACCACGACGUGAUACCACACCCUCGCCGGCUGAAGAAGGCCAAAAGACAUUGUCUCAGCAAGCAGCUGCAAUCGCCAAUGCCAAUGCGAAUUCAAUCAAUGGAUAAUUCUAAGUCAUACUGCAAAACAACCAACCAACCAAACAAACAAAGCUAAACAAAUAAUAUUGUUGAAACAAGUUUUAAGGUUUUUUCUUCUUUCUUUGUUAACAAAUAAUUCACAUUUUUUUAUAUAUUCUUCUACUACUGCAUACUACAGCAACAAUUUUGGUUGAACAUAUAUAAUGGAUAAUGAAGGAGUAAUUUAAAAGAACAGCAAAAGAGGAAAACUUAAUUUAAGCAUAUAUCAAAAAUUUAACAAGAAAAUAAACACAUAAUUUUGAAAAUUUUUGAAAUUUUAAAAAUCAUAAUGAAAUGAAUAAUUAAAAAUCUACAACAUUUAUGAAGUUAUUAGCCAAGAUAAAAAACAUGAAAACAAAUUAAUAAGAAUUCAACAAAAUAUUAAAAACAAAAAAAAAAACUAAAAAAGUAAAUUAUAUAAAAAUAUACAUAUUUCUUAAACUCUCUCACCCUAAAACUAACUAUCUAACUCUCUCUCUCUGUAUUUCUCUCUCACUCUCUCUGUCUAUAACAAAACUUUUUUAGAUAGCUUUAACUAAUCUUUAAACCAUAAAACCAAAAAAAAACUAAAAAAAAAACUUUUCUUACUAUUUUAUAUUGUAUACCUAAAUUUUUUUUAAAAGAAAAAUAAAAAAUUAUAAAAAACAUUAUUGGUUAUUUUUAUAUUUAUAAAAAACAAGUGAAAAAAAAAUCUAUAAAAACAUGUUACCCAUUCCAUCAACCAUAAAUUUUCGUUAUUUUUUUUUUUGGUUUUCUAACAUAAUUUCUUAAAAUAAAAGUUAUUUCAUCAUGUGGUAAAUUGUUUCCUUUCUAAACAUUAAACAAAGAAAAAAAACUCCUUCAUCAACUUUAAAACUCUACUUUUUUAAAUACUACUUAUACUACAACAUACUUAGUGAUCAUAGUCAUAUGUGGUCUUUAUAUACGUGCCAUCUUUUUUAAACUUUAAAACAAUUGUUAGUCAUUUUUAUUUUACAAAAAAAAGAAAAGAAUUUAAACAUGUUAAGCUCUAAAAAAGUAAACUUUAAUAAAAUAAUUAAUAAAUUAAAAAUAUAAUAAAACAUAAAAAAACAACAACAUACAAACAAAUUUAAAUUAAGCUUAAGGUUAAAUAUAAAAUUAUAUGAAAUAAUUAUUUGGCCUCUUCUCUCCCUUCCUACCCCCACCUACCUAUCUACCCUUUAAAGAAUCUCUAAAUUAAUAGUUUAAAAUUUGCUGUAAUGUCCUUUUUUUAAUUUUUAAUGUUAAUUUUUCUUUAGUUAAUUCAUACUUAAUUUUUAUUAAUUACUUAAACAAAUUGUAUCAUAUGUAUUCUUAAUUAUGGUUAUUAUUGUUUUUAUUUAAAUAAAUUAUUGGGUUAUUUUGUUGAAUUUAUUUUUUUGCUCCUACUAUUUUUAUUUAUACAUACAUACAUAUAUUUUAUUAUUAAUAAUUUUUUUUUUUAAUUUUUAAGAAUUUUAUUAAUAAAGUUGUUUAAUUUUAAAAAAAAACAA